GUCAACAAACGCCGUAACUGGCGUCAAGGAUGAAGCCACUCUGCGAUAUCAGUAGAUGAUCAGCCUGCUAGUAGUUUAUAAGUUUUAAGUGUUUUAGCUUUACCCUAUCGAUCCGUAUAAGUGCUUGAGACAAUGGACAAGGACAAGGACACUGACAAGGACAAGGAAGAGGCGCUUGCUAGGUUAAAGGCGAGGUUGAUGUUUACUAUCAAGAGACGUAAAGACGUAAUAAACAACGCUAUUGUGGAAAGACGCACAGCAAUCCAUAAACAAAUCAGACAUCGAAGGUAUCUGUACCACAAAUUCGAACGGAUGCAAAUGAUGGCUCCACUUUCACUCUCCCACUCCCACAUAUCGUCGUCGCACAGCCCAUGCAGUGAGCUCUCCAACGUGUCCAGCAGCUCCGACUGGUGGGAGAGGGUGGUCCUCGACGACUUUGGGCCUCAGGAGUGGCUUCAGAGGUUCCACGUGAGCAAAGACACCUUCUACCUGCUCUGCAACACGCUCAAGCCCCAGUUCGCCCAGACGGGCCUCCUCACCAGUCCCAGCAAGCUCACUCUCCCGCUGGAGAAGCGCGUCGCCGUGGCCCUGAUCCGCCUAGCGACCAACAUGGACUACAGCCUGCUCAGCGAGCUGUUCAGCGAGAGCAUCUCCACCCUCAGUCAGUGUGUGCGCGAAGUGUGCGACGCCAUCAUCAUGCUGCUCAAGCCACUUUAUAUGCACCACCCAGGGGUGCUGGAGCUGGCCGAAAACGCCCGCUCCUUCCACGCGAAGUGGGGGUUCCCCCACUGCGUGGGCGUCCUCGACACCCUCCACAUCCCCGUCCGGUCCCCGCCGGCUCAAGCCCGCGACUGCUGGAGCAGGAAGGGCGGGCACUCGGUGGUGAUGCAGGGUGUGGUCAACGCCCAGGGCUGCUUCUGGGACGUGUGCGUGGGCUUCCCGGGCGGCACAGAGGACGCCACCAUCCUGCAGAGCUCGGAGCUGUGGAUCAUGGCGCGGGACGGGGGGCUGUCCCCCCAGCCACCCCUCCUGCUCAUGAACCAGCCCAUGGGGUACCUGCUGCUGGGGGACGAGGGGUAUCCCCUGCACAACUGGCUCAUGAAGAGCUACCCGGCCUCCCCGCAGCUCACGCCCCCACAGUGCAACUUCAACGCCCGCCUUGACAACUGCCGGGCGGUCAUUGACCACGCGUUCCGGCGGCUGCGGGCACGCUGGCAGUGCACUCACCUGCGCAGCGACAGCCACCUGGAGCUGGUGCCCAUGAUGGCGUUGGCCUGCUGCGUGCUGCACAACGUCUGCGAGAUGCACAGCGACCCCUUCCGGGACGAGUGGCUGGAAGAGGUCCGACACCCGGAGUGCCCCCAGCCCUCCGUGAACUCGCCUGCGUACAUGGACGACCCGAAUGCAGAGCAGGUACGCUCGCUGCUCUGUAGCUACUUCCACAUGCAGGAGCAGGGCAAGGUGCCCCUGGAGCCUGCGGGGGUCCCAUUCCCACUUCCGUAUGGAGUCCCCACUCAUGGAGGGUUGCUGAACAUGCAGUAGUGGACCAAUGUACAGUCCCAGACUAUGGACAAUGUUCAAGUGGCCUCCGCUGUUGAGAACUUGUUACAGCCACAUUGUCCAAAGGAGACGUUGAUAUAAGGGGAAAUACAAAUGUGGCCUGUUUGUUCUUUUUCUUUGUUAAGACUUUAUAUAAUAUAAAAUCAAAAAUAUCAGACUACAUAUUUGCACAUGUUUUAUGUUUAACCUUGCUGCCUUGUCAGCUCAGACUAUUACCUGUACAUUUGGUAUGUGGAAUACAAAUAUCUGUAAAUUGUAAAUUAAAUACAAGUUUUCUUAUUAAA